AUGGAAAACAACUGGAAACCUUCCGGCUGGCUUGGUAUUCUCUUAGCGGGUGCCUUAUACAUUAAGCAGCCGUCUUCGAAUUCGGAAUCUCUAACAACAGCUAUUGUUGAACGGCUUCAAACGUUCUUACCGGGUAAGAUAUUGGAAUGACAGAGAAAUAAUGAUACAAUAUCUUUAUUGACUCGUUUAUGAAAAAAAAAGUGUUCUUGAUAUUGAGGAUUCAACAUAAAGAAUAGUGGCGUAGCCAAAAGAGGGCUAGAGGGACUGAAUUCCGGCAUUAACUAGCUGAGCCUCAGCAUAAACCAUUCGCAUUCCCGCAUGAAUUUUUAGCUACCAGCAAUAAGUCACAGGAAGGAAGGGGCGAGCCCCAGCAUAAGUCAAAUCCCGUUUACACCAUAAAUGAAGAGAAGUUCGACAACGUAGUAGACUAUGUAGAAGAGUUGUAAUGUUUAUUCGACAUAGUAAGUGCACUUUGUCUCGCAUUAUUCUAUAAUUUCCGAUCACUCUUCAAACAUUUUGUAAAAUUCGUUCUGAUUUUUUUACGUAGGGAUGAAGAUUUUAGGAUGAUUGGGAACUAAGUAGGAGUGACAUUUUAUCUUUAUACUACUAGUCAAAGUAAAGUAUUUUGUGGAACUCACAUAUAAAAAUGUGAUUGUAAGUUUUAAGUCGAAGUUUUGUGGCUCCCCCAUUCCCAUUACAGAUAGCUCCCUAUUACAAUAGGUGCGGCAUAAUAAAUGAUUGCCAUGUUUGUUUGCUCGAAUGAAAUUGUUCAUUAUGCAUUGAUCAGAUCAUUUAUAUUAGUUGUAUUUUGUGAUAAUCAAUUAUCAUGGACAAUGUAAGUAAUACUUCUAACAAUGAAGAAGAAGAAAUAAAACUUAUUAUGAGUUCAUUAUUAACUGAUAUGAUUACGAUAGUUUUGUUGAUGCGUCAACAGGAUCUUACAAAAUUAAAUAGAGAACGUAUAUAUCGAUGUUGAAAACGAAAGCGACAAGGAAAUAAAACCGAACAUAUCCUUUAAAUAUCAAAAACAAAAACGAAAAAAUCGACCUGCGCGUCGAUCAAAUAAUGGCAAUGACGAAGAGUUGUCGUAAAGAUAUGAACAGAUUAAUUUAGCUUCUUCAAUUUAUUUAAAGGCAUCUUUUUCGGUUAAGUCAAUCAUUAGAAAAAUAAAAUAACAAUGGUUUAAGGAAAAUAAAAUAAAAAAAGAAAAUGAAUAACGAGAGAAUAGCAACAAGCAAAUAAAAAAUAGAGUACCUGUAAAACAAUUAAAGAUAAAAUUUCUAUUUGGAAUUCGAAUAUAAACAAGAGAGAUCAUUUCUCUGACGAUUGAUUGUUCUGGAAACAACUAUCGUCUAUUAGAUAUUAUUCACUUUAUACAUUUAAUAUUAGCAUAACUAGACUGAAAAUGAUAUGUGGGUUUCACGUUUUAGUCCCAAAGGGAUUGCGCUGACAAGCUUUUUUUUUUUACCAAAGUCGAACUAAUACAAAUUCUAUACCGCCGAUAUUGAUUUUGACAAGAAUCAACAAAUCAAUAUUUUUUUUAUUCAUUCGCCGUCGGUAAACUUGCAAUACGCAAAACUGCUCCGUUGAAAGAUAAAGCGGGGUUAUAAUUUUAACAUACUUUUUUUUCUCAUGAUUUCAGUCGCCCUAAUAGCUAGAGAAUUAAUUCUUUCCCCAGAACAAAGCCAAAAAACAAAGGUUCUAGCUGAUAUACAAAAAUCGUCGAGCUCGGAGAUAAACUGGGAGAGUUGGCUUUGCAUGAUUUGAAGACGAAAAAUAUCUAUACAGAAUGGCUAACAGUAGCUCAUAUAUUAUGCUUAUGAGUUUCGGCCGUGUUGUGAUAGUUUGUCCUGAGUUUGGUCCGAAUUUUUAACUUACAAAAUAAAAAGUUUCAUUGGAUGUGGUUCUAUAAAACUGGUUUGUUAUUAAUGACAGAUAGAUCUUUAACUGAACUAUACCCGACCAAUUAUAUAUUCGACUGUAUUUUUAUUCGGCAAACUUAAAUGGCACGUUUAAAGAACUCCUGAGUGACUAUAAGGUGUACUAGUUUAGAUUUUGAUUUGACUAUCAACAAGUGAAAGACAGAUCCUUCAUCUGCGGGUGUACCAAAGCCGUUUUCAUGGAGAAAUGUCGAAUUCACAUAUCUUUCGAAAGCAUCUUUUAAAACAAUCUGAAAAUUUCACUUUAGACUUAGUUAAAUGUACUCUUUCAUCGGUUAAUACCAGAAGUUGACAUAUUUUGAUAGGUAGUUCAGAAUUUUUCUAGCAAUCCUUGAACCAUCGAAAAGGUCAAAAGUAUCUUCGGAUAGUGUCAGAUGAAAGAGCACGCUAAACUGAGUUUAGAGUGAAAUCUUCAGAUUUCUUUACCCUUUCUACUGAGAAAAUAUGCAAGGCCUAAUUUUCUUCAUGGGAGCGAUUUUAUUAGGUCUACUGGCAAAGCGAUGAGUCUUUCACUUGUUGACAGUCAGAACAAAAUGUAAACGAACACAUCUUGUAACCGUUGAGAAGUUCUUUAAGCAUGCCAUUUAUCUUUGCAAAAUUAAGAUACAAUCAAAUAUACAGAGUGUCCCAAAAUUAUAAGACCCCCUCUUAUGUUUUCAAGACCAUAAAGAUUUCUCCAACUAAAGAAGGUUUCAUUCCCAAUCUAGCGAUAGGAAGAGCGCCAAAUUCUGUACAAGGUAAGCUAUUUUUCUGUUCUCACCAAUUAGUUACAAAAAUAUU